AUGGAGGGUGGACGCAGGAUGAAUGGAGGGUGGACGCGGAUCGCUUUCAAUAGGUUCGAGACAUCGGCGGGCAUCGCCACUAAGAGGGAAUCCUUGAGAGGCAUCGAGCACGUGCAGUCCACGCGGUACGAUGGCAUUCGCCUCCGCCGGCAUACCCGGCCUGGCACUGGGGCUGUUCCAUCUGUGGACCGAGACCCAACGAAUCUGCGGAAGGAGCGGUCGCAGAGCCACGUGCACUCAAGUACCACUCAGGAUUGCUGGCCGACAUUGAAGAGGAAACGUGGACGAGCCGUUGAUGUCGGUCCGAUAAGAGCAGUACCAAAAGCAGAAGAGCUUGAUGAGGUCACUGAGCAGAGCAUGGUGGAGGCUCUAAGGAGGCUCAAUGGACAGGACAUCCACUGGCAGCUGAAGGAAGCCGAUAACCUCUCCCUUUCCUAUGCAGUGGUGCUAGGGAAGCAGGAGGCUGACUUUCUCUUUGCCUCCUUAGAGAGCUCCACCCAGUACUAUUCUGGAGAACUUACCCAGAUCAGGGUGUACGGGAAGUGGCAUCCCAUCCCCAGGAAACAGGUGGCUUAUGGAGACACAGGCCUGACCUAUCGCUUCUCGGGUAUCACCGUUCCAGCCAAACCAUGGACUCCUCUUCUCAAGGCCCUCUGUGAUGCUGUCUCUCACAUUGCCUGUACUGAAUUCAACUUUGUGCUCAUCAACAGGUACAAGGAUGGGAAUGAUCGAAUAGGAGAGCACAGGGAUGAUGAGAAGGACUUGGAUCCAGCUGCCCCAAUUGCCUCUGUUUCCCUGGGUCAGCCACGGGACUUCGUCCUUCGGCAUCAGGAUUCUCGAAAGCGGCAAAAAGCCAGAUCGAUUCCCCAUGAACCAGAGUCAGCCAACCUCCUGGUCUCGGAUCGAGAGAUCCUGAACCCAUUCGUCUCCCGCAUGCCUCCCGAGCUUGAGCCCGUUUCCCAAGAUCCCAAGCCCUGGAAGAUGCUCAUGGGGGUCACCGGGAUCACCGGUGCCCCUGACCCUCGGGCUACGGAGCAGGAAGCCCAGCUCUUUAUGGAUCUACUCGAUGGAGAGUAUUCCAUCGAAUGUAAUAAACAGAUGGUUGCCAGAUGGGACUACAUCACCGAUGCGACCGAAGAACACCUGGAAGCGAUGGAGGAGGCAAACGUCGCCUAUGCCGAAUUCAAGAAAUCUGCAUGGCAAAACGUUACAAGCAGUGAAUUCGACAAUUGGGAGACGUUUUCGGAGCCUCUUCGACGGCGAUUCCAAAAACUGAGGGUUGCUGGCACUUCGGCUUUGCCGUCUGAGGAGCUUCUGCAAUUCGAGGGAUUACUUGGUGAAAUGGAGAACAUCUAUGCGACUGCGAAGAUUUGUCCAUUUGAAGAGUCUGGGAACCCAGAUUGCACUCCCACUCUCCCAUUGGAACCUGCUUUGGAGGAAAUCAUGGCUUUGUCAACUAACUAUGACGAGUUGGCAUACGUCUGGGAAGCCUGGCGAGAAGUAUCUGGUGCUAAAAUAAGGAAUCAGUACGUGGAAUAUGUCUCUCUCUUGGAUCAGGCGGCGGAGAUCAAUGGUUUCGAGGAUGCGAGUGCCAUGUGGGUAGCUCCAUAUGAUUCGAGUUCCGCUUCGGAGUUUCAGGAGAGCAUUGGUUCUCUCUGGGAAGAAGUGAGGCCACUCUACCUCCAACUGCAUGCAUACGUGAGAAACAAAUUGUCAGAACUCUAUCCAGGACAGAUCGGACCUACAGACCCUAUCCCUGCUCAUCUUCUUGGAAACAUGUGGGCACAACAAUGGGGCAAUAUUGCCAGUCGUAUGCUCCCGUUCCCAGAUGCCCCUGAUGUCGACGUCACUGAAGAGAUGUUGGAACAAGGGUAUGACGCACAGAGAAUUUUUGAACUGUCUGAGGAGUUCUUCACCUCCCUUGGUUUGCUGGAAAUGACGGAGACUUUCUGGAGUCAGUCUAUGAUUGAGAAGCCGGACGACGGUCGAUUCCAUGAAGCUUUGGGAGAUACAUUGGCCUUGUCAGUGGGAACUCCAAAGCAUCUGCAAGCGGUCGGAUUGCUGGGACCGGAUUAUGAAGAAAGUUACGAAGCUGACAUCAAUUUCUUAUUUGGCACCGCCAUGGAUAAGGUUGCAUUUCUGCCCUUUGGAUACCUCAUCGAUCUUUACCGCUGGAAGCUGUUCAAAGGAGAAAUAACGAGCGAGAAUAUGAACGCCGGAUGGUGGGAACUGCGAACAGGUAUUCAAGGACUUUCCCCUCCCGUGGAAAGGACUGAGGAGCACUUCGAUCCUGGUGCUAAAUAUCAUGUCCCUGCAAACGUUCCCUAUGUCAGGUACUUUGUGAGCUUCAUCGUGCAGUUUCAGUUUUAUGAAGCACUAUGUCGAGCUGCUGAUGAAUUCGAUCCUGACGACCCAGAGAAACCUCUUUACAAGUGCGAUUACUAUGGAAAUCAUGACGUUGGAGCCUUGCUGACAGAAGCCCUGAGUAUGGGGUACUCAGAACCAUGGGCAGAAGCAAUGGAACUCCUGACCGGACAGAGAGAAAUGUCUGCUCAGUCUCUACUAUAUUAUUUCCAACCCUUGAUGGAAUAUCUUGAACAAGCUAACCUGGAAGCAGGAAAUUGCCUUGGAUGGGGAGAUGAGUGCUUAAGUACACGCAAGGAGAUACGGCAAUCAUUCGAAGAGGAGGCGGAAGAAUAUCUUCUUUAUUAUGAGGGAGAGUAUUCACGCAGAGGCAACUCCAAUGCUUUGGCUGCUUGGGCCUACCAGACCGACAUUACUCAGGAAAAUCUCGAGAAUUACGUGGAAAACUCACUGGAGCUUGGUGCUUGGUUGAAGGCUGAGUGGGAAACGAAUAUCACCUCGUUUCCUUGGGAGGAUCUCCCGGAGGGUUCUCCUUCACGAAGGAAGUUCAAAUUCCUUUCCGUUCUUGGUGCAGCUGCUGCUUCUGCUGAGACUUAUGAGGAGCUCCAAAGGGUCCAAGGGGAGAUGGAGACAAUAUAUGGAACAGCAAGAGUGUGUCCGAUGGCUGAACCAGAUUGCGAUCUUGAGGAAUCGGGACUUACUUUGGAACCGGACUUGGAGUUGAUUUUGGCGACAUCGACGGAUCCAGAAGAACUUCUGUAUGUUUGGGAUCAAUGGAGAGCCGCCUCUGGAGCCAAGGUUCGCACUCUCUUCCAGGAUUAUAUCCGACUUAGCAAUGAAGCUGCAGUUGCGAAUGAUCCAGACGGCAGCCUGGGGAUUCAUGAUAUGGGAGACAUUUGGCUAAGGAACUACGAUUCCGAGACCUUCAAGGAUGAUAUAGCUGUUUUAUGGGAGAAUGUGAAGCCUCUGUAUGAAGCUGUUCAUGCAUAUACCAGGGCAAAAUUAUUUGAGGCGUAUGGACCAGAGCAUGUGGAUCCAGAAGGCCCUAUUCCUGCACAUCUUCUAGGAAACAUGUGGGCACAGCAAUGGGAGAACAUAUUUCCAAUGGUGAAGCCUUUCGACUUGGAAGACACUGAUAUCACUGACGAAUUGGUUGAGCAGGGAUACGAUGCGAGGAGAAUAUUUGAGGUGGCAGAUGAGUUUUUUAGGGACUUGGGUCUCAUGGUCGUGUCUGAUUCCUUUUGGGAGAAUUCCAUGCUCACAAAACCAGAUGACAGAGAAGUUGUCUGUCAUGCAUCAGCAUGGGACUUCUUGGAUGGCCAGGAUUUCAGAAUCAAGAUGUGUACAGGCGUGGACAUGACUGACUUCAUCACUGUACAUCAUGAGAUGGGUCAUAUACAAUACUUUCUUCAAUAUGCAAAUCUCCCCGUACUUUUCAGGGAUGGAGCGAACAAUGGUUUCCAUGAAGCAGUAGGAGAUACUCUAUCACUCUCUGUAUCCACUCCGGGACAUCUUUACUCCUUGGGGCUCCUAUCUCCAGAAGCUGCCAACAUGUCAGCAGAAGCCCAGAUAAAUUUCUUGCUUAGAAGGGCAUUGGAGAAAGUUUCUUUCCUCCCCUUCGGAUACGUCAUGGAUUUGUAUAGAUGGAAUAUCUUCAACGGCUCCAUUUCAGACACCGAUUUGAAUGCUGCUUGGUGGGCACUUAGGGAGGAGUAUCAAGGGCUCCAGGCCGGGAAUGAAAGGACUGAGGAAAUGUUUGAUGCCGGAGCCAAGUAUCACACCAUCGCCAACGUCCCGUACAUCAGGUAUUUUGUGGCGCACAUAUUGCAGUUCACUUUCCACAAGACUCUUUGUAUCAAGGCUGGACAGUAUGACCCAGACGAUCCAGAAACCAACCCUCUCCACCUCUGCGACAUUGCUGGUAGCUCAGAAGCAGGAUUGGCAUUUGAAGAAAUGUUGAGGAAGGGAUCAUCAGAACCAUGGCCAGAUGUCCUGGAAGAAUUGACGGGGGAAAGAACCAUCUCAGCUGAUGCCAUCCUUGAGUACUUUGCUCCUCUCACAGAUUUCCUCGAGUCUUUCUUGAAAGAAAGGAAUAUUCCGAUUGGAUGGAAAAUCCCCACCAAUGGUAACACCAUUGGGAAGAAGGCGCCUUUCGAAGAAAAAGGCAAUGUCCUCAAGCCACGGAACACCCUCGCCAACAGCGAGUAA